AUGGUGGCCAACUUCACUACCAACAUUAAUCCUUCUAAUGACACUGCUGAGUGUCCAGACUACCGGUCCACCCACCGCCUGCACUUGGUGGUCUACAGCCUGGUGCUGACUGCCGGGCUCCCCCUCAACGCACUGGCCCUUUGGGUCUUCCUGCGUGCUCUGCGCGUGCACUCUGUGGUGAGCGUGUACAUGUGCAACCUGGCGGCCAGCGACCUGCUCUUUACCCUCUCUCUGCCCGUACGCCUCUACUUCUACACAUUGCACUACUGGCCCUUUCCGGACCUCCUGUGCCAGAUAGCGGGCGCCAUCUUCCAGAUGAACAUGUACGGCAGCUGCAUUUUCCUCGCGCUCAUCAACGUGGACCGCUAUGCUGCCAUUGUACACCCACUACGGCUGCGCCACCUGCGGAGGCCCCACGUGGCGCGAUGCUUCUGCCUUGGCGUGUGGGCGCUCAUCCUGGUGUCCGCAGUGCCUGCCGCCCUUGUGCACACUCCCUCACCCUGCAGAUACAAGGGCGGGGAGGUGCGCCUGUGCUUCGAGAGCUUCAGGGACACGCUGUGGAAGGGUCCGAUGCUGCCUCUUGUGCUUUUGGCCGAGGCGCUGGGCUUCCUGCUGCCCCUGGUGGCCAUGGUGUACUCGUCAGUGAGGGUCUUCUGGACCCUGGCGAAACCAGACGCCACACGGAGUCAACGAAGGCGGAAGACAGUGCGUCUACUACUGGCUAACCUUGUUAUCUUCUUACUGUGCUUCGUACCUUACAACACCACACUGGCUGUCUAUGGGCUGCUGCGAAGCCAGCUGGUGGUGGUGAGCGAGGCAGCCCGUGACCAAGUGCGCCAAGUGCUGAUGGUUAUGCUGCUGUUGGCCGGUUCCAACUGUGUACUGGACCCGCUGGUUUAUUAUUUCAGUGCUGAGGGUUUCCGCAACACCUUGUGUGGUAUAGGCAAACCGAUCCGGACUAGGACCUUGGCCACCAAUGGGACUCUGGAAACACCAGCUGACCAGUCUUCUGAAACUACCCACACCACCAGGCCAGAUGUCACCAGCCAGGUGCUGCUCAGGCCUUCCUACCACCAGACUCCCUUUACCCAGGGCCCCCAGGAUUCUGCUCUAUGA